AUGUCAGAUGAGAUGGAAAUCGAAAGAGCUUCUGCUUCUGACGUAUCAAACUGGACAAAGAUGGAGAUUCUUUUGCAAGCCAAGGAAUCAAAUGCUUCUACACUUCAGUUGACGACCACAAAUAAGGGAGUGAUAUGGUUUGAUCAAGUCUCAGCUAUGCCUCUGGACACGUACAAGGGACAUGGUUUCAGAACUGAGCUUGUUAAAAUGCUUGAAGAUCUUAAACCUCAAUUCCUCAGAUUCCCGGGUGGCUGUUAUGUUGAAGGUGCAUCGUUAAGAAAUGCAUUUCGCUGGAAAGAAACUGUUGGACCAUGGGAAGAGAGACCUAGCCACUUUAAUGACGUGUGGAGGUAUUGGACUGAUGAUGGUCUUGGUUACUUUGAGUUCCUUCAGCUCGCAGAAGACCUGAAAAGUCGACCAAUAUGGGUGUUUAACAUUGGAAUCAGCCUCAAGGAUCAAGUUGAUACUUCUGCUCUCUCGCCUUUCGUACAGGAAGCACUUGACGGCAUAGAGUUUGCUAGAGGGAAUCCCAAUUCUACAUGGGGAUCCUUGCGAGCUCAAAUGGGACACCCUGAGCCUUUUGACCUACGAUAUGUUGCUAUCGGGAAUGAAAACUGUCACAAGAAGAAUUACCUAGGGAAUUACCUCAAGUUUCAUAGCGCUAUAAAAAGUGCCUAUCCAGACAUUAAAAUGAUUUCCAACUGCGAUGGCUCUUCUCAACCAUUAGAUCACCCAGCUGAUUUCUACAAUUGUCACAUCUAUAGAUCUGCCGACAGUCUAUUUUCUAUGGCUCAUAAGUUUGAUAAUACGUCCCGCGCUGGUCCAAAGGCUUUUGUAAGCGAAUAUGCUGUGACUGGGAAAGAUGCGGGCGCAGGAAGUCUGUUAGCAGGCUUGGCUGAAGCCGGCUUCCUUAUUGGGCUAGAAAAGAACAGUGAUGUCGUUGAGUUGGUAUGCUAUGCACCGCUCUUCGCCAAUUCAAACUAUAGGAGGUGGAAGCCAGAUGCAAUUGUUUUCGAUUCAUCACAAAUCUAUGGAACUCCAAGUUACUGGGUACAAUGGUUUUUCGCUGAGUCGAGUGGAGCAACUCUUCUUGAUACUACAAUUCGAGUGAAUUCCUCCAGCUCACUUCUCGCCUCGGCGAUCACAUGGACGAAUUCAGAGGAUAAAAAAAGCUACAUAAAGAUCAAGAUUGUGAACUUCGGUAGCAGUUCGGUUAAUCUAACAAUUUCCAUUAGCGGCCUGGAUCAAAAUUCGAUACAAAAGUCUGCAUCCUCAAAGAUGGUUUUAACAUCUGCUAACGUGAUGGAUGAGAACUCCUUUUCUGAGCCGAACAAGGUGGUGCCGAUCCAAAGUAUACUCGAAAACGCAGGCAAAGAGAUGGAUGUCGUUAUCUUGCCCUACUCGUUUACUUCCUUUGAUUUGUUAAAAGAAUCGACCAGCAUCUGUAUUGUGAGAUUUCGUGGGACCACUACCAGCUCUUUUAAAAGCUAUGGUCCCACAAAAUCUCACAUGAAUCAAGGGAGAUGAUAUUCUUCUAGAUCUUCUAUCUAAUUUAUGUAACUGAUAAGUGUAAAUUAUAUGGAAUAAUCUCA